AUGGCUGCCUCUGCCUCCAAGCAUCUCAACCUCUCUUCUUCUUCUUAUUCUUCUUCUUCCAAACCUCCCAAAAUUUCUAUCGACGAAUCAAAACCCGCUUCUAUUUCCAUUCCCAAUCCCACUGUUUCUUCUUCUCCUUUCACAAUCUCUCACGAAAACCUUUCCCUCUCCCGCGCCUCCUACCUCACUCGCCAUGAGCUUCUCAAGCGUCGUUUUCACUAUCUCAGUCAGCUUUCCAAAUGCUACCGAGACUUAUACUGGGCCCUCAUGGAGGACCUCAAGACCCAGUACAGAGAAUACUCCUGGGAGUAUGGGCUAAGCCCAUUCAGGGAAGGCAACAUGCAGGAGAGAGAAAGAGGCAAUUUCGAAGGCAAUGGUGAGAAUAACGACUGUAAUGGAUCCAAUAGUCGAGCUGUUUUGGAUGUUGUGAACAAUCAGAGAUGCGCUUUCGUGGGUUGUAAGUUGAAGGCCAUGCCAUUGACAAGCUUCUGCCAUUUGCAUAUUCUUUCCGAUUGCAAGCAAAAGCUUUAUAAGGCUUGCAAUUAUGUUAUCAAGAGUGCCCAGGCUGGACCUAUAACAUGCGGAAAACCUAUAUUGAGAUCCACUACUCCUUCUCUCUGCAACGUCCAUUUUCAGAAGGCUCAGAAGCAUCUCACAAGGACCUUGAAGAAGGCAGGCCUAAACAAUUCCUUAGCAUGUAAACAGGCUCCUAAGUUUCAUGUCAUAGUUGCAGAAUAUGUUCGUCAAAUUCAAAUGAGAAGAAGACAACUAACAUCAAACAGAAGAAUAAUUGUAAAGGAAGAAAAGGAUAAGUGA